UCUUUCGUAAAAUAACCAAGUCCAAAACAAUGCCAUUCAAUGAAGUGCAAGAUGCAGAUAGCGUUAUGACUUUCUAUCCCAUAUCGGAGGAGAUCCUGCAUUGCAAUAUCACCAGCCUUAAUGAUACGCAUUCAUACAACGAUAGUGGGAUGUGUGGCGUCUCUUGGGAUGGAGUGUCCUGCUGGCCGAUCACCCCGUCUGGAACGACCGCUAAACUUCCCUGCUUUGCAGAACUCAAUGGGGUGAAGUACGAUGUAAGUGGAAACGCCAGCAGAGAGUGUUUCAAAAAUGCUACUUGGUCAAGUUGGUCAAACUACCGCUCCUGUACCCCUCUAGUGAUACCUGAAGAUGAAUAUCUCCAAGUUUUGUGGGACAUGAGGGACGCUGUCACUGUCUAUUAUGUCGGCUAUACCCUUUCUCUGGUAGCUUUGACUGUCGCUCUCUGGAUAUUUUUAUACUUCAAAGAUUUAAGAUGUAUAAGAAACACGAUUCAUGCAAAUCUCAUGUUCACGUAUUUUUUCUUGGAUAUCACGUGGAUUUUAACAGCUCGUUUGCAAUCAAGUCAAGAAUAUGUUUCCAGCAGGGCUGCCUGCUACUUAACAAUUUUUCUGACAUACCUGAUGGGAACCAACUUCUUCUGGAUGUUCGUGGAGGGACUCUACCUCUUUAUCUUGGUCGUCAAAACUUUCUCAGUCGAUAACAUCAAGAUGUACGUCUACGCCUUGAUCGGAUGGGCCUAUCUGUUAUCUGACAUGGACAAACCUUUGAUCACCGGACAUACUUCACCACAGUUGAAUCGUGCCGAGUUACAACAACCAGAAACACCAAUGACAGUGACUACUAGCGAGCCACCUCCUGAAAAACAUUCUCGAACUGGCAGAACUAUUCGCUUACUUGUCCGAUUUAAAGACUAUAUGUAA